AUGCUGAGAUUCAACAACCCCAGUGUCCAGAAUCUUCCAGGACCUUCCAAGACUAUCCAUGCAAUGAACCCCCGCUUCCAAGAUAUUAGUAAUCAUGACUCGUUUCCAAGUAUCUCCGACACCAAACAAUUAGUAAUCAUGACUCAUGGGUUUCGGCCACGUAAGCUGAAACGAACACUAAGACUAAUUAAAAUUGUUAUCAAAAACACCCUCUACACGUGGCAGUCAAUUGAAACGGUGAUUCAAGAAAUCAAAUUAACAAAAGAUGAGUAUGCGAAUCAAGCCUUUACGAUUUUAAGAAGCAUGAGCUCGUUAAGUGCAAAGUUUCUUUUACAAUUAAUGCAACAAGAAGCAAGCACGAAUGGAAGCAGACCUUUGAGUCCAUUGAAGUCUAAAUGGUCUGCGAUCUGUGCCGCCUUCAGACAUCGCAAUGAUAGGUUGAAUCCAACUGGUACGGUACCGAUUGAAAACUGGUUUUACCAUGAUGCGUUGGAGAACCCCACCAGUGAGAUGCUCACCGUGAAGCCAACUAUUGUGUAUCAAUAA